AUGCAGCAGUUUUGUGAAGAAAAUAACAUCUUUCAGGAUUUUCAACAUGGCUUCCGGAGAGGACGUUCCUGCCUCUCAAAUCUGCUAGCUUGUCUGGAGAUCUCGACCAGGGCUCUAGAAGAGGGUUUUGAGGUCGAUGUCGUGUACAUCGAUUUCCGCAAAUCUUUCGAUACUGUUCUGCACCAACGUCGUCUUCACAAACUCAGCGCCAUCGGCAUCCGGGGAGAUCUUCUGAACUGGAUUAGGACGUUUCUGGUUGGUCGGAAACAACGUGUCUGUAUCGGAGAUGAUAUGUCAGAAUGGGUGAACGUGACCAGUGGUGUGCCUCGAGGGUCAGUUCUGGAGCCAUUGCUCUUCAUCCUUUAUGUUAAUGACAGACUUCAAGAACUCGGCUACAGCAAAGUAAUGUUUGCCACGACAUUAAGCUCUGGCAUGUCAUUAAGGGUCCGUAUGAUCAGAUAUCCCUUCAAGAUAAUCUGCACCGACUGCAAGGGUGGCCGGAGAAAUGGCUUCUAAAUUUCAAUGUGGAGAAGUGUGCCGUCUUUCAACUGCGUCCAACCAACUCAUUCAAAUGAGGGCCUGAGGGCAUAUCACCUGAAAGAUAUAAGGCUCCCUGCAGAAUCUUCACAGAAGGAUCUCGGGGUUUGGAUACAGAACAACCUGAAACCGACACUGCAGUGCCACAAGGUUGCAAAAAACGCCAUGGGAGCGCUCCAGGCAAUCAAAAGGGCAUUCGUAACCUUUGACCAAGACCUUUUUGGGAGACUUUACAGCACCUUUGUUCGAUCCCACAAGCAUGGCGGCCAUGGCUAGUAAAGGAUCAGGCAUGUCUCGAACGGAUACAACGUCGUGCAACAAAGCUGGUAAACGGUCUAAUAAGCCAAUCCUACACAGACAGACUGAGUUGCCUUAAUUUAUGCCCUCUGUGCUACAGGCAGCAAAGAGGUGAUCUUAUCCUUUUCUACAAGAUAAUACAUGGCCUUGAGCAUGGACUUAAAUUUGAGGACAUGUUUCAGUGGCACCUUUCACCCAAUCUUCGUGGUUACUCGAUGAAGUUACGGACAACAAUGUCCAGGCUGAAUCUUCGUUCUGAAUUUUUCACGCAGAGGGUAGUGGAGAAAUGGAACGAUCUCCCUCAGUCAGUCGUGGAGGCGACGUCUCUGUAACUCUUCAAGAAACGCUUGGGUGAUUAUUUGUGUCCCCUGUUUUCCCUCGACAGUCUGAAUCUGAACUAAAUACCCCACGACCUCGCAAAUUGUUUCACUGAGACAAUGCUCCUCAAAUGAAUCAAGUACUGUUUUAAUAGCGAAUAUUUUCAUUGCAAAUAGAAGCGAAGAGACGAAUCCCAGGAAGCAGUCUUGAAGAAGGUGAUACGAUCGCUGGGACAAGAGCUUUAUUAGGCUGACGUUUCGGAUUCCUGCUCGAGCCCAUCAUUGCUCGUGUAUAGUUAUUUCUAGCGAGUUGACACGUAACCAGUAGGGUUUUCAAAGGCUUUGUCUAUUAUCCUUACCAAAUAAACUGAAAAACUGAACUGAAAGAAUGCAGAGGAAUGCCAUUUCGUGGGGUCCAAAACGGAGGCACAAAAACAGGAUUUCGAGAAUCAUGAGCAAAGUAUGAGGGGUGACUUAAAUUAGAAGACCGACUGAAUGUUUUCGAGAGACUUUGAAAUAUGAGUAGGCUAAAUUAUUUGGGGACAGUUACAAGCCGUGGCGCUAGAUAAAUUAUUGGCAGCAUUGUUUACCUGCAUUUUAUAUGCUGAUAUUUUAGCAGGUUUCUUGGCUGGGAUGCCUUUCUUAAUUGGAUAAUGCGUGGUAGGAUAAGGCAAAAAUCUCCCUGAAGUGUUACCUGCUUAUUUGUACUACUAGGUUAGACUUAACUAUCCUGGCAUGAGGGCGAAAUGGAUUUGACUCAGUAUUUCUAACUAAGUCAUUAUUCUGUGCCAUGGAGUUCGACUGCGGAUUUAGGGUAUGUCCAUCUUUACUGUUUGGAUUAAGUGGCCUGGUAAGGCUUGGAGCAUCGUUUGAGCAGUUACCGCUUCUUAAAGAUGUUACAAAGUUGCAGAUUUAAAUUAGACCAGGGACAAUGUGUUCAGGUGAAGAGACAGGUAGCAAUAAGGCCACAAGAGGUCAGGGAAACGUAUACUAACUUCAUUUGAAAGGGUUAAUUUCAGAAAUAGAUUUCAGAUGAAUGGAAUUCUUGGAUAUCUUUUUGUUUGCUAAUGGGGGGGACUCUGCGUUCGAACAACCUAUAAAUUAUGCUGUCUAUGUUCGAUGAGCUGAAAGUCUACAUCCGUGACCCCUCACCCAGCGCUACCCACUUGAUGGAAAACUGGUUGUCUGGAAAGAUGGAUGACCGCGAACUGUUACUGCCCGGAUUUCACCUGUUUCAAGAAGAUAGGGAAUGUCGAACCGCGUCCUUCGAAUUCGGUUUGGAAUUUUCGAACUCCGAGGGAUUUAACUUAUUCGAAACUUCUGUCUACUGGGCGCUCUGUCGGCCCGUUGAGAUUUAGAAAUUGAUCUGUCUUAGCAAUACCUUAAUCACCAGAGGACAGCAGCAGUACUUUCGUUAUUGAAGCUCACAUGAGAUUGUUAUCAGGGGCGUAACGAAGUAUCUGGCUCAGUAUAUUUCGGACCUCUAUGAAAUCCGACUUCAACGUGCGUCCGAAAGCAGUCUGCCGACAUCAAAGUGGUCGUAAUUCAACAGAAAACAAAGGCCUCUUGGCAAACUGUCCGCGAAGGCUAAGUCGCUGUUUGCUGGUAACUGAAAUUUGAUAUUGGGCUUCGUCUGGAAAAGAGACAUUCUUUGUGCUCAGUAAAUUAACCGCCUACCAACUUAAGCUGCAUGUUAUAAAUUAAUGUAAUCUCAUAGAGAUCUUGCUAGCACGGAAUAUCCGAUUUUCCACGACCCUACUAUGUGUGAUAAAUGUUCGUUUUCGCGGGAAAGAUUUAAACCAAGGACUUCUUUAAAGAGAGCCGACGUUUCUAACCGCUCGGUCACGCUCAGACAGCCGGCGGCCAAAGAAAAUAACGGCCUGUCCCUCAUUCGCAAACUGUUUUCUGUCUCCUGUGAUAAGGGCUUACCAGAAAUACUUAACCCGUUCUCAAAGGAGCGCGACUGACCAAAGACCAUCCAUUUUGAAGGACGCCGUAUACUACUGAAAUCGACCACGUGUUAGCUAUGUAAUGAACUGUUGACACGCUGUUGUGGAUGCCGAGAACUUGCCAGCAGGGUUUUGAAAUUGAAAGUACCAAACCAACCGGACCUCCAUACUGCCCUGGUAUACAGACCCACAGGAUAGCGGAAGGGUACGAACGAAGUAAUCAUCACUGUGGUUAUGCAAAUCUGCCAUAGCUAACGCGUAACUCAACUUGGAGAUCCUAAUUCUCCGGAUAUCGACUUGGAGUCGAUUCACUGUAUGUGGUCGGAAAAUCAUUGCAACAGACGCUACUUCAGUGGGCCACUGACGAACUCUUUGCUCAACAAGUUACGAUGGACACCCGAUUCCUAAGUGGACAGCAGUUUGGAUCUUAUCAUUAUUAGAGUUGAAAAUUGUAUCCUCAGGUUGGAUUCUAACACGACCCUGGACCUAUGUGACUAUUGCGUUCUUGCUUUGGAGUACAGUCAUUCUUCAACAACAACAACAACAACAACAACAACAACAACAACCAGAGCAUCCAGAAGAGAAGAUGGGGAAGAGAAUGAUGAUGAUGAUGAUGAUGAUGAUGAUGAUGAUGAUGAUGAUGAUGAUGAGGCGAUUACUGAAACAAGAAGUUCACUGGCCUGACGUUUCGUAUUCUCACUCUGAUGAUGGGUUCGAGUGAGAAUCCGAGAUGUCGGGCCUAUGAACUCUUUGCUUCAAUGAUCGCCUCUUCCUCUUCUUCUUUUUCUUCCUUUGAACAGCCUCCUGAAAUCCGCCUGCUUGCUUCUAUCGGCAGUCUGAGAAUUUUACUGAUUUAAAAGUCAGAAAUGUGUGUCGGAAUCUGUUGAGCGUGGAACGGGACAAAUUUGAAUCAAAAUUACUCAGGAAUAUACCGCGAAAUUCUAAAACGUUCUUUGGAUACAUGGAUAGGGCGAAGCGUAGCCGGGACUGAUUUCCCUGUAUAAAGGAUUGCCAGGGAACUAUGUUGCCUAAUAAUUUAGACAACGCGGUCAUGUUUUCCGAUUUCUUCACGUCUGCCUAUACCGAGGAGACGCCUUCUAAUAAUAAUAAUAAUAACAAUAAUAAUAAUAAUAAUAAACCUCGUAUUAAAAGCCAGCUUACAGGCAUUUUCAGGGAAGCGUUAAACACAAAUCCGACCAGCAGUGAAAAGAACUCCUGUCGAAAAAAGAUAAAAAUAAAGUUGACGAUGGUUUUUAUGGUUUGGAGGGUUGAGGAGAGGAAACACUGCUGACCGCAAACUGUCGACCGUCAAGAAUUGAGGGGUUACCAAUUCCUUUCCUGAAGUUGGGGCUAGUCCAAACAGAAGCGCCGAAUAACGGCUGUCGCUGUUGACCAAAGAAAUUGUCCCUGGCGAGACCGGUCAAAGUGGUCAAAGACCACAAACGCCAUCGCUACGGUAGAGUCGUUCGGUGGAUUCAGCACCCAAAAUUUGUGGUAGCUUUUCUGAAUGCAAAAAUCGAGUAAUAGUCCUCUUAAAUAAACGAUAAUUUUGCAGAGUUUUCACACUCAUGGGUAGUUUAUUCCAAAUAGCAAUUGCAUUUACAGAAUAGAACCAACGAUAUUUAACAUUACGUGCCAGAGGAAGAAGUAAGAAGACCUCACGGUGACUGUUACGUCGAGGAUAGACAUGAUGUCUUAGACGAGUGAGUGGGUUAAAUGUACGAUUAUGUAAAAGCUUAAUUAGCAAAAAUAGCCCAUUUUGCAAUCUACGAAACCAUUAAGGAUCAAGGCGUGUACGCCGGCAGUGUUCUUGGUAAGACAAAUGUCGGUGUUCCGGGGUUAAAACUCUCUUCGUAAAAAAUUGUUGAACAGAUUCUAUUUUCUUCCGCUCAGUAGCAUGCAUGAAACUAAAUAAAAACGAACAGUAUUCCAGGCCAGGUCUAACGUGCAUGUUAUAAAGGCGCAUUCUAAUAUCACUAGUUUUAAAGUUUCGGAGGAUAAACCCGAUCGUUCUACGUGCUUUGGAGACUAUCAAGGCACAGAGCUCCAAAAGAUUGAGGCUCUCGGAGCAUGAUACACCGAGAUCCUGAAUAACCCCAUGCACAUUUAUGGCGUGACCUUCAAUACUUAGUUGAGGUUGGCGGUCGUCGCCAACCACCAUGACUAAGCAUUUAUACCAAGAAAGAUAAAGGCGCCAUUUGAGACUCCACGAGGCAACGGUCUGUAGGUCACUCUUUAGGAGCUCAAGCACGAUGUCAAGAUCUGCCGGCUUAGCUCGAUAUGCAACUUUCACAUCAUCCACAUAUAUGAAAGGCCUACCAUUCUGAAAUACAUCAGGUACAUCGCUAAUAAAAAGGCAAAAUAAAAGCGGGCCGAAUACGCUACCCUGAAUGACUCCACUCCUCACACGUGUGGGGUUGGAGAUAGUAUUGGAAAUCUUAACUCGUUGUGUACGAGUGCCCAAGUAAGAGGAUAUAAAAUUCAAAAGUUUGCCACCUAUUCCGAAAGAGGACAGUUCAAGAGAAGAAGAGCAUGGUCAACACGGUCAAAAGCCUUAGUGAAAUCGAAAUACACUGUGUAAAGUGAAAAACCAUUGUCCCUAGAUUGGAGAACAUAGUCAAAGAAAGAGAGCUGACAGGUGUCACAAGAUCGAGCUUUGAGGAAUCCAUGCUGAGCAGCACUCAGUAAGUUAUUCGCUGUCAAGUGACACAUCAUCUUAUCCUUGAUCAAUGUCUCUAAGAUCUUCGAAACUGCGCGGAAGGUGUUUAUUGGCCGAAAGUCAUCAAAUGGCGUAGAUUGGCCAGGCCUGGGAAUGGGCAAAAUGUGUGAUUCCUUCCACAAGGUAGGAUAAGUUUCACUUUCAAGAGCGAGAUUAAAUAUCUUGCAUAAGAAGGAUGGGAAAAUCGUGUUUGCAUCGGUUUUUAAAAUGCUUCCUGAGACACCAUGAGGUCCUGGGCUAUGAGAUUGACGAAAACGCCGAAUCGCAACAGUCACAUCCCACAGAGUGAAAGUUAUAGUUUCUAGGACUGUCCCGGUCAAUGACUGGAUGGUCCGAAGCGGAGUGGUCGAGUCUUCAAUAAACGUUUUGGACAGGAAAUCAUUGAAGAUAUCAGCGGUUAACUGGGCAUCAACUAUGGGAUUUCCGAGAGUGUCUCAUAGGGUGGAAUGGUGCGUCUUUCUGUGACUGCGUAUUUUUCGGGAGAAAAGUUUCGAGACAUCUAACGAAUGGUUUUCAGUGAAGUGGACCUCUGCGUCUGGCUGUUUUUCUUCAGACAAUCUCUUAGCCCGCUUAAAAAUAUGAAAAAUCGAGGGCAGAACGGAAACGUCGUUCUGAAGAUGGAAACGACGAGAAAGUCUGCGCAACUUGCGGUGAAAGAGUAGGGGUAGGCAAACCUCAUCCCCUACAUUAAUUUUUUUCUUUCGGGAGACAAAACGAGAAAUAGGCGGAUCCAAAAUUUUGUACAGUUUUGCAGUGCAAACAUCUACAUCCGAAUUAAUGAAGAAAUCAUUUUGCCGCACUGUCUGAAAAAAAAAACGGCUGCCCAUGAAAUGCCGACAGUCGAAAAAGGGAUGGGUAACACUGGAUCCGAUACUAUCAGUUGCCAUUUCUUCUCAUAAAUGAAAAUGAACCAGUCUAAACUUAUGCAUAACAAUUACAUCCGUCCUACGUCAUCUACAUUCAUUAGGUACAAACACCUAACUGCUCCAAAACUACCGUACAUAUAUGAGUAGCUUCUAUUUAUGUGGUUUUAUUGUUAGUCGUAACUGUGUGCAUAUUGAAUGAAACCCAAGUAGGUGCUCGAAGACCAUUAGCAUCAUACAUGCUGUGAAGCAUGCCGUGCUGUGCUUUAACUGAUGUAUAUAUCUGUCCGUCAGCCAUGCUGAACUCUGAAACUAAUACUUUGUCUGUAAGGUUAGUGGUAUUCCCUUUUUGUCUAUUCGAUAUUAGCUUAUCCGAUUUUUUGAUACUUUCCUGCUGCUUUUAACAAACAGGAGUUCAAAGAUGCGAACCUACAUUUCCCCAAAAUUAACGAAAGUGAAGCGACCAUUAUUCUGCACUCAGAAGGCCUUGCCAUACCGCCUUACCGAUAUCGAUGAAGAACCAAAUAAAGCCACUAGAAUAAGAUAAAUUUGUGAUUGCGGUUGUACUAACUCCUAAUGAACGGUUAUCAGCAUUCGACAUAAGUGAUCACCGCUUAGAAAUCUCCACGCUGGGAGAGAAAAACAAAAUUACAUGAAUUAAAUGCCACUUUCGAAGCAUUAUCAAGAUAAAUAUGCAACGUCCCUCGAGAAGGCUAUCAAAAAACUCCUGGGUCGUUACUCCGAUUAAGUUGACUUUCGGAUAAUAGAGGCCAUUUAGGAGAAAACGGCAUCCCGAGAAAUGUUGACCGUCGUGGAUGGAAAAAGUGGCAUGUGUACAGGGGAAUAUUUUGCAUGCCCCAUCCUUUUUGCUUAAUUCGGACUUUGUGCCAGACAAACCACUUAAAAUCAUCCACUCAUUUAUAUUUAGUACGGAAAUGGUUUAUAAGAUUAUACAACAAAUGCUAUGCGCGUCAAAGCGACAAGCCGUUUGUUCGGCGACUUAUCAAAUUAUUAGGGCGCACGUACUUUGAGGCGUUCUUGCAAUCUCUCUGUGUGGAGUACUUCCUUGAGAUAGACCAUCGUUCUCCAGAGCCAAGAUCCAAAUACAAAUUCUAAUUGUAAGGAAGAAUGUGUACUGCAAAUUCUGAUAAGUCGGUCGCCUUAGUGUAAUGCGGCAACUGUGAGUUCGAAUGUUGAGCCGCCACCGUUGUAGCCGUCGCUUUCUCUACGUGUCUAAAACCACAGAUUCAACCCUAUUCAUCCGGUAUUUUGCCAGACUUCGCAUCCAUCGGCGUACUAUUCAGCUCUUCUGAGGAACAAAUAUCCGCUUCAUACUCUAUCAGCCCCACAAACAAUAGAUCAAAAUGAGAAUAAAUGUUCUGGACUACAGUCUUGCGCAACAGUAACAACGUAAUACACAUUAGUUUGAAAAGAAAGACGCCCGACUGAAGCAUAAAGACGCUGUAUGGACGAACGCCGUACAGAACUAUGAGGAAUUACUGCGUAAAGCUUGGUUUUGUUAUAUUGACCGCCUAGGACAUUUGCGUUGAAGGUGAAUCCAUACUUUCACUAAAAAAAAGAAAAGGAGACAACAUAUUACGUGCAUUUUCCCGCCUCUCCCUUCUCAAAUUCCAUUUCUUUUCGAUCCACAGAAAAACAUUCGCGCUGACUGCUACAGGUGUUCGUAGUGACCAAAGUAGGAAAAAACUAGAGGACCCACUGUGUCGGUUGAUUUCACAUGUGCCUCGAGCAGUCAGCACACAGUGUAAACAUUCACCUUCGAACACGAUUGCAGCGUAUUGGUGUUUCUUUCCGUCCUCGUGUUUGUGCCACAAAAACCAACUUUUUAAUGCUGUAGGGUUUAACUAUCUGCGUGAUUAGGUUACGGAGUCUUUUAAAAUGAUCUGGAACGUUUAGAAAAGUCUUCCCAUCCCCGUCAAAUAUUUCAUUUGCGAUAAACGUUUCUGCUUUUUUCGUGGGUUUAGACUUUUUGUGUUCUGUUUCUGGGUCCUCUAAGCUCCCUGUAUGAUACAUUACCCUGGUGUUAUUUUGUCCCGUCUUACCUUACGCAAUGCCCCCACAACCCACAGAUUUACGUAUACCUGGCAGAUGAUUUACACUUAACCUGAGUCGGUCACCCCACAAGUGGCUAUAGAAGGCUGUUGCAGUGUCGGGGAAAAUUGGGAUUUGGCUGUAAACUCACAGAUUCAAAAUCUUCCAAUUACAGACUCAGGAGACGACUGUCCCUCCUUGCAAAUACAUCGGGUUUUUGAGCCCUCAGUUCAAGUGUUUCACUUUUGAUGGUACGUAAAAGAAGCAUUGCUUACUGUCUGCGGAACUGUAAGCAUGAAUGUGGGUCUCGAGGUCCAGAAUUUCAUGCCUUUCAAAACUCUGACCCCUUUAUCAUUAAUUCCCCCUAAGUAGCAAUUGAACUGAGCCUCCGGACAGAUCCGUGCGCGCUCUUCAGGCAUGUUUCGAGUUUGCUGUUGACAGCGGAUCGGCACGAAGUUUGUCAUUUUUCGUAACAACUUUCACAACUUUUCUAGGCCUGCCAUGCCGUUAGAGGCUUAG